AUGACCUCUGUUAUUCCUGGUAUCUUGGAAGCAAAUGAACCUGAUGAAAAUAAACAAGAAAGAAAGAAAGAUACCACCGACCAAAAUGGGAUCCCUUCUACAAUUAAUGCUAAUGAUAACGAUAAACCAGUUGUGAAUAACAAGGAUAACGAACAUGGGACAUCUGAGGAAGAAUUAAAAAAUUUGUCCUUUCAAGGGAUCCCCAACUCUGUAUUGAAUAAAACUAACACAGCUAAUAGAAGAAAUAGAUUGUUUCAUAAGAGAUCACAAUCUCCAUUGAAUAAUAGUCCGACAUCACCAAGGUCAAGUACCUCCAGAAAUUAUGCUGAUUAUUUCCCAUCAAAAUUGAAUAAACAACAACAUCAUCAAAAGAAUAAAAGUUUGGAUGAAUUAGCCUAUAUGAAGUUAAAUCAUGAUGAUAAUAAUAAUAAUAAUAAGGAACAACAAAAGGAUAGAAGAAAAUCAUUUAUUUCUUCUUCAGAUCAAAGUAAAUUUAAUGGUUGGAAGAAAGAAUUUAAUACAGCAUUCAAGAAAAUCUCUGUUGUGUCAAAACUGAAAAAUAAACGUGGCAGUAACCUAAGAAAUAAUGGAUCACAACCACAAGUUUUAUCGACUGAUGAAUUGGUUCCACAGGAUACACAUACCCAGAAGAUGGCAUCUGAUUUAAUUGCUUCAAUGCUAGCCGCUUGCCCUGCAGCUGUAUUUGCUAGUACCCAAUUUCUUAGAGAUGAACACGGUAACAGAAGAGCACCAAUUUUACUCACAAUGCUAGAUGUCAGAGUUAAACCUAUUGAGAAUAUAUCUGAAUACUUAAAUCGUGCUCAAAAUUCAAAAGGUUUUGGUGACCGCUAUAAUCCAAAUAGAAACAAGAAUUCAACUAAUAACCAGACAAUUAAUAAUGUUAAUAUAUCAUUAUCUAGAAGAUCAAGUUUAUUAAGUUUUUCUUCCUUAUUUUUACAAGAUAAUGACAAUCCAAUGGGCAUUCAUAACAGUAAUGGUGAUAAUAAUAACAAUACCAAUGCUGCAAUUAAUAAUCAUUCUCUUACCCAAAAUUUAACAAAUAACACCCAAAUGAACAAUACUACCACCACCGCCAACAACAACAAUAAUUCUGAACUAUUCACUGGAAUAUCUCAUCAUGAUUUAAAAUCACAAGUGUUCGAAUUAAGUUUCGAAUAUGGUAUAGGUGACAAUAGAUAUAGAUGGUCGAUUACAAAAACCUACAAUAACAUGCAACAACUUCAUCAUAAUUUGAAAAUUGUAGCUUUUCAACAAAAUACAGUGAAAAAGUUGUACAUUGAUAACAACAGAUUUCAUAAAUUUAGAUUACCUUACUUUCCUACUCUAAAGGAGAAAUCUCAAAGAGAGGAAAAGAUGAGAGGACUUCACAUCCUGUCAAGAACUAAUAGCUUAUCGAGUAGUUCCAGUGGCAAUUUGUCUAUUGAUUCGAAUCAAACUCUUCCUUCAGCAAAUUUCGACCUAAGUCAGAUUAAAAUGAAGCAUUUGCAAGAUUUAAUAGACGAAGAAGAUGAUAUAGACCAACCAAUGGACGUUAGAUUAGAAAGGUAUUUUAGGUUAUUAAAUUUAGCGUUAUGUCUAAGACCACAGGCUAAUCGAUUGUUCCAAUUUUACGAAUUUUCUCCAAUGGGAAAUCUUCUAAGUUAUGAAAAAGGGUAUCAAGGUAAAGAAGGCUUUUUAUUGAUUAGAUCCACAGCAAAGACGCAAGGUUGGAGGGUUUCUCAUUUUAAUGCACAUGAUUUUAAAGAUAUGAUUGAGAGACAUACGCCGAAGUGGUUCCUAGUACGUGAUUCAUAUAUAACAUACACAUCUGAUAUAUGCAGCACAACCCCACUAGACGUCUUUCUGGUGGAUAGUAAAUUCAAGAUCAAAUGUUCAGGAAAAAUGAAACGAAAACAAAUGUCUCAAGUAAAUAAGAAAAAACCAAGAAAAUCCAAUGAUGAAAUUAUUUCUCCUGAUGAAUUAGACUGGGACUUGGAGAAUUCAAAGAGUAUCUCCACUAAUUUAUUGAUCACUUUACAGAAUUCAGAGAGAAAAUUACAGAUUAUUUGUAAAUCAGAAGCAUCAUUGAAAUUAUGGGUUUCGUCAUUUACACUAAUGGCGAAAAGUACAGUUUGGUCUAGAAAAAAUAGGUUUAAUAGUUUUGCACCUGUUAGACAAAAUGCGUUUUGUAAGUUGCUAGUUGACGGAAGGGAUUACUUUUGGUCUCUGAGUGAGGCAUUAGAAAAAGCUCAAGAUGUUAUAUACAUCCAUGAUUGGUGGCUAUCACCCGAGUUAUACUUGAGAAGACCAGUAGACGCACAUCAAGAAUACCGUAUCGACAGAAUGCUGCGUAAGAGUGCUGAGAAAGGUGUUAAAAUUUUUAUUAUUGUCUACAGAAAUGUCGGCGCCACUGUUGGUACUGAUAGUUUAUGGACUAAACAUUCAAUGUUAGGGCUGCAUCCUAACAUCCAUCUAAUCAGGUCCCCAAAUCAAUGGCUGCAGAAUACGUACUUUUGGGCUCACCAUGAGAAACUAUGCGUCAUUGAUAAUACUGUUGCCUUCAUGGGUGGUACCGAUUUAUGUUUUGGCCGGUAUGAUACCCCAGAACACGUUCUACGUGAUGAUUACAAGGAUAUUAAAGAUCAAACUUUCCCCGGGAAAGAUUAUUCCAAUGCCAGAGUUUGUGAUUUUUAUGAACUUGACAAACCAUUUGAAUCGAUGUACGACAGGGAAGAAGUACCAAGAAUGCCUUGGCAUGAUGUUCAGAUGAUGACCGUAGGAGAGCCCGCCAGAGACAUGGCAAGACACUUUAUCCAACGUUGGAAUUAUUUACUAAGAGAAAAAAGACCAAGUAGACCUACCCCAUUAUUAUUACCACCUUCUGAUUUUACUAAAUAUGAAUUAGAGAACUCUCCAUUUUUCCAAUCAUUGAAGACAAGAUCUACAUGUGAGGUGCAAGUAUUAAGAAGUGCCGGAUAUUGGUCUCUUGGAUUGAAAGAAACAGAAAAAUCGAUCCAAAAUGCUUACCUAAAAUUGAUUGAAACUAGUAACCAUUAUAUAUACAUUGAAAAUCAAUUCUUCGUAACAACUUCAGAAUGGGAUGGUGUUGUUAUCGAAAACAAGAUUGGUGAUGCAAUUGUUGAUCGAAUUGUGAGAGCGAAUAGUGAAGGUACUGAUUGGAAGGCAUUUAUUAUAAUCCCGUUAAUGCCAGGUUUUGAUUCUCCAAUUGACCAACCAGAGGCUUCAAGUCUUAGAGUUAUCAUGCAAUGCCAAUAUCAAAGUAUAUCGCGUGGUGAAACAUCGAUAUUUUCUAGAUUGAAGAAAUUGAACAUUGAUCCGAUGCAAUAUAUUAGAUUCUUCUCAUUAAGAAAAUGGUCUACGAUAGGACCCUUUGAAAAAUUGGUAACAGAACAAUUAUAUGUACAUGCAAAAAUUCUGAUCGUCGAUGAUAGAAGCUGUAUUAUUGGUAGUGCGAAUAUCAAUGAGAGAUCUCAAUUAGGGAAUAGAGAUAGUGAGGUUGCUAUCGUAAUAAGAGAUACUGAUCUAGUGAAGACGAAAAUGAAUGGUAAGGAUUAUUAUGCAGGGAGAUAUGCACUAGAAAUGAGACAAAGAUUAAUGAGAGAGCAUUUAGGUUGUGAUACUGAUUUAGUAGAGAUUGUUGAAAGAAAAUUUGGUAGACUAGAAAAACUUGCUAAAGAAAAGUAUGAAACUUUAAACACUUUAAACGUUGACCCUAAAGAAAAGUUCAAAAAGAAGAAGUUACACCUGUCGGCUAUGAUUGAACUAGCCUACAGAGAAAUAUUGAAUUGUGAUUAUAGUCCAAAAUGGAAAAAAAAAUUUAAUCCUGAUGAGACAAAAACUGAUCCAACCCAAAAACCAACUUCCAGUAACAUGCAGUCAUCGAAUACAAACAAUAACAUUGGUGAUUCAAGUAGUAUUUUAGAGUUCAUUGAAAUUAGUGCGAAUAGACGUAAUUUACCAUCUCUGCGUAAAUUAACCAAAAAAGAAACUACGCCUGUCCAUAGUUUCAAUUAUAGAAGUGGUACUGACAAUGCAGGUAUCCGGGACAACAAACCUAUCAGUUAUGAUCCAAGAUUAAUCAAAAAUAAUGCCCAUCAAAGAGAUGUAGAUGGUAAAGGUGCCGAUAAUUGGAAAAAAGUUACAGAAUCAUACAAAGAAUCAGUAAGUGAACAAUUAAAAGAAUGGGCUCUCAAAGCGAUGUCCCUAAAAUUAGAUAACGAGGAAGAAAUCGUUUCUAAAAAUCAAUUUUUACCUUCAAGAGAAGAUCUCCAAGAUUAUAUUGAAUGCAAAGAUAUUACAGAUGACAAGAAAUGGGAUAUGUUAAAAAGGGUUUGCUAUUUACAAUAUCUGAGCCAUAAAAUAAGUACACACGAAUAUGAGAAACCCAAGUUUAACCAAAAAGCCAAGACCCCUUCCAAGUUUAACAGUACAAAUACUGAAGAGAUCCAUACCGGUCAUUCAAACUUAUUAGAAGAACAAGAACUUGAUGAUGAAACGUUAGAUAUCUUACUCGGACAGUUAGUACCUACCUUAAGUCGACCUGGUAUUAACAAAGAGAACAUGUUAAGAUUUUCGAAAUUAAAAUUUGUUGACCCUUAUUCUUUCGACGAUCCACUGAUUGGAUCAUUUUCAGAAGAAACUUUAUUUUUAAUUGCCAUGAGAAAUACUUUAUUGUAUCGGUUAGUAUUCCAUUGCCAACCAGAUAAUGCUGUUCAAACGUGGAGGGACUUUAAAGAUUUCAAAAGGAUGUCUGAAGAUUUUGUAGAAAGUCAAAAUGAAUUAGUUGAUCUUGAAAGGAAACAUCUACCUAAGCAAGUAAGAAAUUCCGACGAUACUACACCAUCAACUAAGAAUGGCAUAAAUGCCCAAGGAAAGGUGAACGGUGAUAGUGUUGAUGAUUCAAGUGGCACAAAAGUUACGUCUAAUGAAUUUGACAAAUUGGAUAAUGACAAAAGUAGGGCGUUAAGUCUUCAAAUGAAAUUAGGUGGAAGCAUUUUAUAUGGAUUCAAUAAGAGAAUAUUUGAUAAGUAUACUGCUAGAAGAAUCCUAGAUAGAAUCCAUGGUCAUUUAGUAUUAUUCCCAACCGAAUGGCUUGCAAGAGAAGUUGAAUCAAAAAAUUGGUUUUACAGUGCCGAUAGAUUACCACCAAUUGAUAUUUACGAUUAG